CGAGCUCCAUCAGAGCAGCGCAACUUUCACCACGCUCACUCUUCUGCACUGCGCAAAACAGAGUGGCGUAAAAAGAUUUUUGCACAGAUUCUAGUAGAGUUAAAAACGUGUAUUUAUUUUUCUCGGUCCCCGCGCUCUUGUACGCUGUAGUUUAUUAAAGGGAACGACAUGCACGCCGGAGGCGAGGCACGAUAAGGACUUCUUAAAGGAGCUCGAGCUCGGCGCUGUGGACAUGGCAGAUCUGCGCACAUCCGGGCCACUGCGGCGGGACUCCAUUAUUCUCAAUUAACUGUGAAAGUAACUGGCUAGCCGACUAGCAUAGCAUCACAGCAUAGCAAGAAGGACUAGGGAAAUACAAAAACGCUGCUUUAAAAAAAAUAUCUAUAUAUAUUAAUUUUACACGCGAAGUCUGAGCUCAAGCUGGAAAGUUAAAGGCGAUGUCUAAUCAAGGAGGAAGGAGAAAUGGUCCGGUGAAGUUGCGUUUAACAGUACUGUGUGCAAAGAACCUGGCGAAGAAAGACUUCUUUCGCCUGCCUGACCCCUUUGCCAAGGUGGUGGUGGACGGUUCAGGACAGUGUCAUUCCACAGACACUGUGAGAAACACUCUUGACCCCAAAUGGAACCAACACUAUGACCUAUACAUCGGCAAGUUGGACUCCAUCACUAUUAGUGUGUGGAACCAUAAGAAAAUCCACAAAAAGCAGGGAGCUGGCUUUCUGGGCUGUGUACGUCUCCUGUCCAACUCCAUCAACCGCCUCAAAGACACAGGCUAUCAGAGAUUAGAUCUAAACAAGUUGGGACCCAAUGACAGUGACACUGUGAGGGGUCAGAUAGUAGUGAGUCUUCAGUCCAGAGACAGGAUUGGCACUGGUGGGCCUGUGGUGGACUGCAGCCGCCUGUUUGACAAUGAUCUACCCGAUGGCUGGGAGGAAAGGAGAACGGCGUCUGGUCGGAUUCAGUACCUGAACCAUAUCACACGCAGCACGCAGUGGGAGAGACCAACCAGGCCGGCAUCAGAGUACUCUAGUCCUGGUCGCCCCCUUAGUUGUUUGGUCGACGAGAACACACCCAUCAUGACACCCAACGGGGCAGCUGGCGCUCAGACAGGCGAGAUCCGAGUGCAGGAGCGGCGCGUUCGGUCUCAGAGACACAGAAAUUACAUGAGCCGGACUCACCUGCACACACCGCCGGACCUCCCUGAGGGCUAUGAGCAGCGGACCACGCAGCAAGGUCAGGUGUACUUUCUGCACACUCAGACGGGUGUCAGUACGUGGCAUGACCCCAGAGUGCCAAGGGAUCUCAGUAAUGUGAAUUGUGAGGAGCUAGGGCCUCUGCCUCCAGGCUGGGAGAUUCGCAACACCGCCACAGGCCGCGUCUACUUUGUUGACCACAACAACCGAACGACACAGUUCACGGACCCGCGGCUCUCUGCCAACCUGCACCUUGUCCUCAAUCCCAGUCCUAAUGGUUCAAGAGGUGCUGGUGAAGCUCCAAACAGUCGUGUGAGUCAGCUAAAAGAACAGGCCCAGUCCGUGCUGUCUCCAGGAAAUCUGCCCGAUGAUGCCGAGUGUCUCACCGUGCCCAAGUACAAAAGAGAUCUGGUGCAGAAGCUGAAGAUUCUCCGGCAGGAGCUUUCUCAGCAGCAGCCCCAGGCAGGACACUGCCGCAUCGAGGUGUCCCGCGAGGAGAUCUUUGAGGAGUCUUAUAGGCAGGUGAUGAAGAUGAGACCAAAAGACUUGUGGAAGAGACUGAUGGUGAAGUUCAGAGGAGAAGAAGGGCUGGAUUAUGGAGGGGUAGCAAGAGAGUGGUUAUACCUUCUGUCUCAUGAGAUGCUGAACCCAUACUAUGGACUCUUCCAGUACUCACGCGAUGACAUCUACACGCUGCAGAUCAACCCGGACUCUGCGGUCAACCCGGAGCACUUGUCCUAUUUUCACUUUGUGGGCCGCAUAAUGGGUAUGGCAGUGUUCCACGGUCACUACAUUGACGGCGGCUUCACUCUACCCUUCUACAAGCAGCUGCUGGGAAAACCCAUCACUCUGGAUGACAUGGAGUCUGUGGAUCCUGAUCUCCACAAUAGCCUUGUCUGGAUCCUUGACAAUGACAUCACAGGGGUGUUAGACCACACGUUCUGUGUAGAACACAACGCAUAUGGAGAGAUCAUUCAGCAUGAGCUCAAACCCAAUGGGAAGAGCAUUCCGGUCACUCAGGACACCAAGAAGGAAUAUGUCAGGCUUUAUGUGAACUGGCGCUUCCUGAGAGGCAUUGAAGCACAGUUUCUAGCCCUGCAGAAAGGCUUUAAUGAAGUCAUCCCGCAACAUCUGCUCAAAGCCUUUGACGAGAAAGAGCUAGAGCUCAUCGUGUGUGGCUUGGGAAAGAUCGAUGUUAAUGACUGGAAGUCCAACACACGGUUGAAGCACUGCACCCCUGACAGCAACAUUGUGAAGUGGUUCUGGCGCGCCGUUGAAUCGUUCGAUGAGGAACGCAGAGCUAGACUGUUACAGUUUGUCACCGGCUCGUCCAGAGUGCCGCUGCAGGGUUUCAAAGCCUUACAAGGAGCUGCAGGUCCACGUCUGUUCACCAUUCAUCAGAUUGAUGCUAGCACUGAUAACCUGCCCAAGGCUCACACAUGCUUUAACCGCAUUGACAUUCCUCCAUAUGAACACUACGACAAGCUUUAUGACAAACUCCUGACAGCCAUAGAGGAGACUUGUGGCUUUGCUGUCGAGUGAUUCCAGCCACUAGAGGGCAUGCAACAGGAGGAAAGUCGUUUUUGUGGAAGGAGUAUGCAGGUCAUUCUACACCACCAGGGCGUGGCGUAUGGGCCAGUAGCAUUGCCCCUGUUAUCAGAACUGGGGACAGAACUAGGAAUAUGUUGUUAAGAAUGAAACAUUUUGGUUUCUCUGCUUCCCUGCGUUAUUUUUUUUACUUUUUUUUUAAUUAAAGAAUGGACUUACAAACAAAUGUUUUUUCAGCUGCUAGUAACUCUCUGACUUUAUACCUUUUUGGAACAUGCUAAAAUAUUGGCUUUUCCUCUUUUUUCUUUUUUUUUUUAAGCAUUAAGGGGAAAAAAGACACAGGCAGUAUUUCAUGUAGCGUCUGUACCAGCUGACUGAGGAAAAGAGAGACACCGGUGGGGUAAAAACAGAACACUGCUGCAUAAGCAUACAGAGCAUACUACUUGCCGGAAAAAUGCCAGUGGCAGCUACAUCUGUAGUUCAAGGUGUUGUGUUUAAAUAUCUUGUUGCACAAUGGACAUCUAAGACCCUGUAAAGAAGGCAGUCAGAAUACGUGUCCUUCUGGCCACUUUAACCCCGUGACAUAUAUAUUUUUUUAUUUCCUGUGCUUAAUUUUUUUAACCAGUCUUAGCAGCAGUCCUACACAGCUACAAGCUUCUUUAAACGAACAAACAAAUGAUUUGAUUAGGUUGGCAGUCUGGUUCUAUUUUUAUAUGAUGCAGUCUAGAAAAAUAAAGCAGUACAAAAAAAAGUAAAAAUAUAUCCAGACAAGUGAUGAAGGAACAAACAACAGUGUAUUUGCCUACAUGUUUCUGGAACAGUACUGGAGGCAUGAAUAGAUUAUUUUUUUUUUUUUAGUGAAAGUUUUUUUUCUACUGGUGUAUUGGUGAUUAAGAUGGAGAAUGCCAUCUAAUACGCUCAUAUAGGUGUUUCAAUGUGUUGAUAACCAGUAAUUAUAAAUACCACAGCAUAUUAUUUACAUUAUUUUAAUCUUUUUGAAGUCAUUCAUUAUCCUCUUAUGCACUGUGGAGGAGGCGGGGUCAUCCUGGAAGAGAAAGUUUUCCAUCAGGAAACGUUUCAUUAAUGGGUAAAAGUGAAUAAGUCAGUCAGUUUAUUGCUUUGUUGUAAUGCUUCCCUCGCAAACCAUGCCAGGAAAAUGUCCUCCAGUAUAUUACAGCCUAUGUUUUCUUUUUCACUUGCCUGUAAAUUUCUCAUUUAUUACAGAAUACUUUUGAAACAGCUGUUGUUGCAAUGAAGUGGAAUAUGUGCAUUGCAUUGUCAUCAACAACUACCAGGUGACUUUUAUUGUGGCUGUGUUAAAAACAUCUGAAUGUUUUUACAGAACUUAAUUUUAGCAGCAUUAAGUUUUUGAUAUGAUUUUACCAUCAAACAUGGAUCUCCUAAGGCCUAACCAAAUGUGUAUGUAUGCAGAUGCAUAUGUAGGAGCAUGCUGAUGAAGUGGUAGAGGUAUUUUGUUUUCUUUAGUCAUGGAUUCCUAAUCAUAUCUGUGUUUUGACAAAGCCCACCAAAAAAAAAAACUCAAACUGUCAAGUUAGACAGAUUGGGACAACUGAAUACUAACACUAACUUUGCCUCCUUUGGCACAUAAUGUUAACCCGGGUAGUUAUAAUUCCUAAAUCAAAUUUGAGCUGCCAGUGGACAAUUAAUGAUGCUUAAUGGUGAUGAGAAAUGAAGUAUUUUCAAAUCAUAUAGUUAAAAAGUUAGGUUUGAUUUGUACAUUUUGGAGGCGACUAAAAGUGUAAGUGAUUUUUUUUUAAAUAUAUAUAUAUAUAUAUAAAAGAUGUUGACAUGUUAACAGUAUCCCGGAAUGCAUCGAAAGCACGUCCCUUGAACCGGUCGUAUUCUUUUAAAUGUGUAACUUCAAAUAUAGUAAAACGCUUUUAUUCCAAAGUCAUUAUAGGACUCCUAAGUGACAUUUUUAAUUCUUAUAUAACAGGUUACAUUUUUAUUCUUUAACUAAACAUCAUAUUUAUUUUAUUUUAUAAGCUCGUAUAGCUGGUUGAAUGAAAUGCUCCUUGUCUAUAGCAAUCCUCUAUGACCAUGGACUGUUGUUAAAAAUUUGCAUAUACUGAAAAUGAUUUACACUUCUUCUUGUAUUACUUUUUUUUUAUAAACUGUGUGUAAGUGUGCGCACAGGUGUGUGUUGGGGGGCUGAGAAAGAAAAUAAGCCUCUGGGUAAAUCAUUUGAAAUAUCCUGAGAUGGUGCUUUGUACAGUUAUAGAAUAUUGUCCUUAUACAGCUAUGUGGAUCACAAAAUGUCAUAUAUCUUUAACUUAAAUAGAAAGAUGUAAAAGAAAACACAUUGGGGGGGGAAGGAACAUUUUGCACACAUGCAGACUGUACUUGCUGUAAAUAAUAGGCAAAAUCUAUUUACCAAAUUCUCUAUGAAUGGACUGAUUUUUUUUUUUUUUUUAAGAAUUCGUUUACUCUUGAGUCCAGUGCACACUUACAAACACUCUCCCUGUAUUCCUUUCUCUCUCUCUCUUUCUCUUACCAUCACUCUUUUGUUGUACGGCUGCCUCCAGGAUGUUGGAUUGGACGUCAUAUUGCUCUGAUAAAAUGUGAGAGGCAUCUCUGGUUUAUUUCAGCAUGACUUUCUAGCAGGACUAUAUCUCAUAGUUGACAGGUGCAAUUUGUUUAAUGUAACAUCUUUUUGUAAGAGUAUUUUAUUUUUGUGUGUAAUUAGUUCUGAUUAAAAACUGGCCUUUGGCACCAAUAA